AUGCUAAAACUAUUGAACUAUCUCCGAUUAAGCGAGAAUAUCUCGAUGUUCCUGUCAUUGGUAACCAAUACAAUACUUCUAACUCUGAUCAUGAUGAAUACUCAAAUUCGACUCGGAUCUUAUAAACAUCUGAUGAUCUUGUGUUGUUUGGUGCAAUUACUUUAUUCGGUGACAAAUGUGACGGCAAAUAUGGUCGGAUAAGAUUUUCUCUGCGGUUUUUUUUCAAAUUUUUUUUUAGAAUGCUCAUAGCACAAAUGUAUCCUAUGUGUUGUUCAGAAAAAAUAGUGGAUUUAUUGAUCGAAAAUUUGCUCCAUUUUCCUUGAGUUAGUUGAAAUUUUAAAAUUUUUUAAAAUUUUAAUGAAAGAUCUUUUUUUUAGUUCAUUUCUGUGGAAUGUAUACAACUCAAAUUGCCGUGCUUUCAAUUCAUUUUCUCUAUCGGUUUAUACAUUUGUCACAGUAAGAGAAAUAUUUUUUAUUUUUUUAAAGAAAUAUUUUUUAUUGAUUUUCAGUCCAAAACUUGUGAAAAUUUUUGAUGGUUGCUAUAUAUAUUUUUGGAUUCUGACGGCAUUUCUUUUCGGAGCUUUUAUAGUUUGUCUCAAAUAUUUGUACCUUGGUGAAAACGAAUUUCUAACGAAUCAACUUCGCGAAGAUUUUGAAAAUAUAUAUGGUUUAGCUAUGGAUGAAGUGAUUUAUAAUGGUCCCAUAUUUUAUAAAUGUGAAAACGGAGCAACAGAUUGCGUGAAACCUAUUGAAGUUUGGAUAACAAUUGGAAUUCUAAUGAUUGGAAUGAUGAUUUGUUACACAUCAAUGAUGUAUUUCGGAAUUGUUUCGUUUAUUCGAAUCAAUAGUCAGAAUCUAGUGUUGAGUGCAAAAUUGCGAGAACAACAACGGCAACUUCUCAAAGCUCUUUUGAUUCAGGCAACAAUCCCAAGUUUAUUUAUCUAUAUUCCUUCGGAAAUUCUAUUCAUAACUCCGGUUUUUGGCGUUGGUCUUGGAGAGAAUGCGAAUAUUUCGAUGAUUUUCCUGGCAAUUUACCCGUCGAUUGAACAAUUGGGAGUGAUUUAUGUUAUUAAAGAUUUUCGAACAAAUUUCAAACGUUUGGUAACGAGAAGCAAGACUAGAACAUCUACUAUUGCCACAUAA